UUGUAUGUCAUGGCUGCCAUCUUUACUGGCUCCCAUGACCGGCCCGAACAUGAUACAUUGUCCAACAUAUGCAAAGUAUGUGGUGACGAGAUUGGACGAAGAGAGAAUGGUGACCUUUUUGUUGCUUGUCAUGAAUGCAAGUUUCCCGUGUGCCGGCCUUGUUACAUUUAUGAACGUAGCGAAGGGAACCAAUGUUGUCCACAAUGCAACGUUCGUUAUAAACGUCACAAAGGUUGUCCACGAGUUGUUGGAGAUGGUGAAGAAAGCGACGAUGGAGAUGAUUUUGAAGACGAAUUUCAGUUAAAGAAUCCUCAAGAAACCCAAGAUAAGAGUCAUGUGGAUGAUCCUUCGGAAAAUGGUGACUCUCAUGCUCCUAAACAAAAUAAUACUAAUGGCUUUGCUUUCUCCUAUGCUGGAAGUGUUGUUGGAAAGGAUCUCGAGGGUGAUAGAGAGGACGAAUGGAAGGAUCGGGUCGAGAAAUGGAAAACUAGGCAACAAAAACGAGGCCUUGUGACAAAAACCGACGAUGGUGGAAACGACCCUGGUGAAGAGGACGAUUAUCUCAUGGCAGAAGCCCGACAGCCCUUAUGGCGAAAAGUGCCAAUAUCAUCUAGUUUAAUCAACCCAUAUCGUAUAGUUAUUGUGCUACGCCUUGUGAUCCUUGUAUUCUUUUUCCGUUUUCGUAUCAUGACUCCAGCUAACGACGCUUACCCAUUAUGGUUGAUAUCCGUUAUAUGUGAAAUAUGGUUUGCAUUAUCCUGGAUCCUUGAUCAGUUCCCAAAAUGGUUCCCUAUAAACCGUGAAACCUACUUGGACAGGCUUUCCUUAAGAUUUGAGCGAGAGGGUGAACCCAACGGGCUUUUACCCGUUGACUUUUUCGUUAGUUCUGUUGAUCCUCUAAAAGAACCACCAAUCAUUACUGCAAACACGAUCCUAUCGAUAUUGUCUGUGGAUUAUCCUGUUGAGAAAGUAAGCUGUUACAUAUCAGAUGAUGGUGCAUCUAUGUUGUUAUUCGAUACAAUGAAUGAAACCGCAGAGUUUGCUAGACGCUGGGUUCCAUUUGCUAAGAAGUAUAGCAUCGAGCCAAGAGCACCUGAGUAUUAUUUCUCAGAAAAGAUUGACUACUUGAAAGAUAAAGUGCAGCCUACAUUCGUUAAGGAUCGUAGAGCCAUGAAAAGAGAAUAUGAGGAAUUUAAGGUCCGAAUCAAUGCGUUAGUUGCAAAAGCUUUGAAGAAACCCGAAGAAGGUUGGGUGAUGCAAGAUGGGACACCAUGGCCCGGGAAUGAUAGCCGGGAUCAUCCUGGGAUGAUUCAGGUUUAUCUAGGAACCGGAGGUGCACUUGAUGUCGAAGGCAAAGAGUUGCCCAAAUUGGUUUAUGUUUCACGUGAAAAACGACCUGGUUAUAACCAUCACAAAAAAGCUGGAGCCAUGAACGCCCUUAUUCGAGUGUCUGCAGUGCUUACAAAUGCUCCAUUUAUGUUGAAUCUUGAUUGUGAUCACUACAUUAACAACAGCAAAGCUGUUAGGGAAGCAAUGUGUUUCUUAAUGGACCCACAGCUCGGUAAGAAGCUCUGCUACGUCCAAUUUCCUCAACGGUUUGACGGUAUUGAUCGCCACGAUCGGUAUGCCAAUCGCAAUGUCGUGUUCUUUGAUAUCAACAUGAGAGGACUUGAUGGGAUACAGGGCCCGGUAUAUGUUGGCACAGGAUGUGUCUUUAACCGACAGGCAUUAUACGGUUAUGACCCCCCAGUGUCGGAAAAGAGACAAAAGAUGACUUGUGAUUGCUGGCCUUCAUGGUGCUGCUGUUUCGGUGGUUCAAGGAAAAAGUCAAAGGAUAAGUCAAAGUCAAAAAAGAAAGGGCUGAAAGCUUUGCUUGGAUUAGGAAAGCUUCGAGGCAAAAAGAAGUACUCGAAGAAGUCCUUCGUACCUGCUUAUGAUCUAGAAGAAAUAGAAGAAGGGCUUGAGGGUUAUGACGAGUUGGAGAAAUCGUCCCUAAUGUCUCAAAAGAAUUUCGAGAAGCGGUUUGGGCAGUCUCCAGUUUUCAUAACUACAACUUUAAUGGAAAAUGGUGGUAUUCCUGAAGGAACUAACAGUAAUUCGUUGAUCAAAGAAGCCAUUCAUGUCAUUAGUUGUGGCUAUGAAGAGAAAACUGAAUGGGGAAAAGAGAUUGGUUGGAUUUAUGGGUCGGUUACAGAAGACAUCUUGACAGGAUUCAAAAUGCAUUGUAGGGGGUGGAAGUCAGUUUAUUGUAUGCCUAAGAGGGCCGCAUUUAAGGGGUCAGCCCCAAUCAAUUUGUCUGAUAGGUUGCACCAAGUUCUUCGGUGGGCUCUUGGUUCUGUUGAGAUUUUCAUGAGCCGCCAUUGCCCACUCUGGUAUGCCUGGGCUGGGAAGUUGAAAACGCUCGAGAGGCUUGCUUACAUUAACACCAUUGUUUACCCUUUUACUUCUAUCCCGUUGCUUGCAUAUUGUACACUUCCGGCUGUCUGUCUUCUCACUGGAAAAUUUAUUAUCCCAACGCUCAACAAUCUUGCAAGCAUGUGGUUUCUUGCACUUUUCAUUUCUAUCAUAGUUACUGGUGUACUCGAACUCAGGUGGAGUCAUGUUAGCAUCCAAGAUUGGUGGAGGAACGAGCAGUUUUGGGUCAUUGGUGGAGUUUCUGCCCAUCUUUUUGCAGUUUUUCAAGGCCUUCUCAAGGUUCUUGGUGGUGUUGAUACCAAUUUCACUGUCACAUCAAAAGCAGCCGACGAUGCCGAGUUUGGGGAGUUGUAUUUGUUCAAAUGGACAACACUUUUAAUCCCACCAACGACACUUAUCAUCUUGAACAUGGUUGGGGUUGUGGCAGGAGUAUCCGAUGCAAUCAACAAUGGGUACGGGUCAUGGGGCCCGUUGUUUGGAAAAUUGUUCUUCUCAUUUUGGGUGAUUGUUCAUCUAUAUCCUUUCCUGAAAGGUUUGAUGGGAAGACAAAACCGGACUCCAACUAUUGUUGUUUUGUGGUCGAUCCUUUUGGCUUCAAUCUUCUCAUUGGUUUGGGUUAGGAUUGACCCGUUCUUGCCAAAACAAUCUGGCCCAAUUCUCAAACAAUGUGGGGUGGAAUGCUAAAUGAUGGAUCAAUACAAGUUUGGUUGAGUGAUUUAAGCAAACUUUUUAUAGGUUUUGUAAAAAUUUGGCUACAAGAACACAAUGUUUGUUUAUGUUUGAGUAUACCCCUAUACAUUUUAUUGAAAUUGAAGAUCUUUCUAUUUUUGAGACUCA